CGUGUUCUGACCCUGCGGUAUGAGAAACAUGUAAGACGUAGUUAACGUAGAGUGUGUCCAAUCGCGGAUAAAAUACGACUCACAAUAAAGGAAAAAUAUGGAGAAUUACAUGAUCUGAAAAAAUGACAGUUAGACAGGUCCUCUGCUCCCACACUCCUGUGCGGGUCUAUUUCUUCUUGACAACAUGGGGAACAUGGCAACAGAGAUUGUGGCCUUCGUCCUCACCAUCUCAGGCUGGAUCUUGGUGUCAUCCACCCUUCCUACGGACUACUGGAAGGUGUCCUCAGUGGAUGGGACAGUCAUCACCACAGCCACAUUCUGGUCCAACCUCUGGAAAACAUGCGUGACUGACUCAACAGGAGUGUCAAACUGCAAGGACUUUCCCUCAAUGUUGGCCCUGGAUGCCUACAUUCAGGUGUGUCGUGGACUCAUGAUCGCAGCCGUGUGUCUGGGAUUUUUCGGAGCCGUCCUGGCGUUAAUAGGAAUGAAGUGCACCAAAGUGGGCGGCUCACAGACCGCCAAAGCCCGUCUGGCCUCCCUCGCAGGUUUCCACUUCAUUCUCAGCGGCCUCUGCUGCAUGACGGCUUGCUCCAUCUAUGCUCACAGGAUCACAACCGACUUCUUUGACCCCUUUUUUGUCGCUCAGAAGUUUGAGCUGGGAGCAGCUCUUUUCAUUGGCUGGGCUGGAUCUGUGCUGUGUAUCUUGGGAGGGCUCACCUUCUGCUUCUCUCUCUCCGAGGGCUGCGGCGCCAGAAGUGAGUUUUCCUACAACGGGACCAGGUCAUUCGUGACGACCCACAACAGCCACAGCAAGGCUGCCAACAGCCUCAGCAGAGAGGCUCCACAACCACCCAGGCAGUUUGGACGAAAUGCCUAUGUGUAAGGGCAAAGGACAUUUGAAAUCAAAAGGGAAUUUAGUUGUUGGUAUCCACUGUAUUCAACGUGAUUAA